UUGCUUGCUAUCCUACCAUGUUUUUCUCUGUCUCUCCUCUAGUAUGUUGGCCAUCACACACACUCUGUCUCUGUCUCUCUCUCUCUCUCUGUCCUUGCCUUUCCCUGUGCUGUCUCCCUUCACAGGACACGGGCAGGCACGCUAGGUGUGCAUCCCCGCAGGCUAUGUCUCAGAAGCCAAGAAGCAGUAGGAGGGGACGAAAAUCAUGCAGGGCAGUGGGUGCGAGAGUGGAGCAGUGACUGUCGGUGUUAACUCCGUCUCUGUUCCUCGAGUGGGGCCGAUGUGAAUGGGAUGAAAGAGUGAGGCAGGGCUGAGGGCAAGAUUUCCAGCACCCAUCGAGCUUUGUGGAGUGAUGGUUCAUGCUUGGCUUUUGCAGCUGCUUUCGCAGAGGAAUUGUCCAGGAGCCCCAGCCGGAGGAGAAUAUGGCAGGAGUGGACCUGAGCAGCUUGGACAUCCUUCUAAGCAGACGUGAAGAGUCGUCAGCUUUCUGCCUCCCGCAUAACUGGCUUACCAAGGAAAAAGAAGUCAAGCCUCAGAGUCUACUGCCCUCAUGCGAUGGAACGUGAGUGAGAGCAGCGAGCCUGUGACCGUUGGUGAUGCCAGGCAAGAGGCCUCCAUCUGGGAGCCGAGCAAGCGCCAGUCUUGGUGAGAUAAGUGUCUGGUUUGGUGAGGGCUCUCUUCACGCCCCACCUGAGUCCAGCUAGAAAAGCCCUGUAAAUUAGGGUUCGGUUUGUAAGAAAAGGUUCCUGAUCAGCUGUGGUUACGAGGGAGAAAACAUCCCCAUUUUCAGAAGCUGCUCAUUUCUCUGGUCAAGAACGGUGUCUCCUCCACAGCAGAAGGUUGGAUCCAAGAGGAUGACUCCAGGUGCAAAGAGUGUUCGGGGUCAGCAUUCUUGCCCUGCCCUCAGUCUGCCAACUGGCUUGGUUGACAACGGCUGGUGAGCCAAGGAGCUGCUGAGAGACGCGGACCAUCCCUCUGUCAACAACUUCUUGAAUCAGCUAUUUCCACAGGUGUUUGAGGAACAAAAGGAUGAGUUUUUACAGAAGGCUUCGUUCCUUUUUCCAAAGACUCGCCUCUCGGGAGCACAGAGAGAUCCAUGUGCACAAAGUGCUCGUCCAACCUGCAGCCAUUGAGGCAUGCUCUGGCCUCAGCCCCCAAGAACAGGCCUUGCCAGAGAAGCCCCAGGGAAGGAAAUGCUCAUGGACCAUCCUGUCAGGCAUGAAAAGACUCUGUGUCUGUUGCCAAUCCCACAGCGCGAUGGCAGAGAGCAGUGAGGAGAGAACAGCUUCCUCUCCAAGAAGGUGGACGCACUUGUCCCUGAAGAAGAAAGCAGCUGAGACCCAGGUGGAGGCAGAGGAGGUAAAGCUGCAGGAGACGACAGACAAAGACGAAGUGGAUCUUACAGGGACGAAGAAGGAGCCGUCUGACACGAAGGGGAAGUGGGAAAAAGGAAGCCCAGAAGAGCAGGAAGAAGAGCGCCGCACUCCCAGCCCCUCAUUAACAAGCAGCUCCCAUAUGACGAUGACCCCCAGGGAGCACCCUUCCUCAGCCCCGCUCCAUGCCCUGCUGAUGGCAGCCGUGAAGGGUCUGACAACACCCACCCUGCAGAGAUUUAGAGCCGCGGAGGAAGAGCUGAGGGCCAUCGUAUCUCUCCACGGAGACAAGAUGGAGAGAGUGACAUUCAAGCCCUUCUCCAAAGACCGCCUGCACGUGGCGCGGAAGUGCAGACUUAUUCCCUUCCUGGGCUUUGGCUUUCCUGGAAACUCUGAGACUAAUCAAUGA